CUGAUGCUUUCCACAGGUGUCGUAAGCUUUGAGCUAUCAAUUGAUUUCAACCUACAGCAAUUGUACACAGCAGAGACAAUAGCAAAACAUUCAAAUUCCAGUCAAUUGAUUUCUUUCUUCUCAGAGAGUCAAUUCAACUUUACCUGCCACUACACAUUCUUCAAACUUAUCAUAUGGAGUCCUCAUUACACGGAGUUUGGGAAAGUGCCGUUGGCAAUCCCUUCAUCCCUACCGUUGGAAAAGACAGUCAAUUCUCCUUGGGAUUCUCAUUAUUGUGUAUCGGAGUUCUUCUUUCUGGAUUAUUUGGUCUCAACCGAUCAGCUCUCACUCUGCCAUUACUUGGACUUCCUGCUUCAGCAGCUAUUGCGUUUGGUUCAGUUUAUAUGAUCUGUGCGGUUGGAGUAUAUGUUUAA